AUGGAUCUUGACUUGGCUCUACUGAAUGACAAACCUACUUCCAUUACUGAUAAGAGCAGUGAGGAUGAGAAUGCCAGGGAAUACCUGAAGUUUGUGGAAGAACGUUUUCAUUCUGCUGAUAAGUCUCUCGCUGGUACACUAAUGGCUGAACUCACGACCAUUAAGUUUGAUGGGUCGAGUAGUAUGCAAAAUCAUAUCAUCAAGAUAACCAAUAUUGCAGCAAGACUUCGGACCUUAGGGAUGAAAGUGGAUGACAACUUCUUGGUUCAGUUUAUUCUGAACUCAUUGCCUCUUGAGUAUGGACCAUUCCAAAUUAACUAUAACACUAUUAAGGAUAAGCGGAAUGUUAGCGAAUUGUCCAGCAUACUUAUUCAAGAGGAGUCAAAACGUAAGAACAAGGAGGUCAUUCCAUUAACCUCAUGGGUCAAGGAGCUGGUAAAGGAUUUAAAGUGA